UUUAGUCAGCCAAGAUGGCGGACGGCAGACGGGGAGAAAGCGAACCGCUCUUAAGUAAUUCUGAAAGUAGCGAAAAUGAAGGCAUUGCUCCUUCAGCACCGAACCUGCCACCAAUUAAUUCAACAGAAAUUCCACCAGUGCUAGGCAGCGAUGUCCCUCCUCCAAUCCAACCUGGUGAGUUACCGCCCCCUUACUCACCUCCAACCAGUGGAGACACAGGUGGUGGUGUACCGAUGAUCAACUGCCGUGUUUGUCAAGCCAUGAUAAAUCUAGAAGGGAGGAUGCAUCAACAUGUGGUCAAAUGCAGCAUUUGUCAUGAAGCCACUCCCAUCAAAGAAGCUCCAGCUGGUAAGAAAUAUGUCCGCUGUCCAUGCAACUGUCUGCUCAUCUGCAAGAUGUCAUCUAAGCGCAUUGCAUGCCCAAGGGCUAACUGUAAGCGGAUCAUCAACCUGGCUCCAGUGACCGCCGUUGCUCCAUCAACCACAACCACCCUUACUACAACUUCUGGUUACCGUGUGGUUUGUGGUCAUUGUAAUGAGAGAUUCAGGUUUCCUCAUCAGUCAACCUUGGCUAGAUGCCCCUACUGUCGACGAGUGUCAUCUGUUGGACAAGCCUAUGCUAAGAACAGGUGCAUCAUUUACACUGUGAUUGGACUCAUUUUCAUUGGAGCAGGCAUUGGUGUCACGAUUGGAACCUAUCCCCUGGCACAAAACCAAGGAGGUAUCUACUUUGUGUGGAUUGGUGCCUUUGUGGUUGGGAUCCUGAAUUUGAUGCGAGCUGUUUACUAUGGAGUUAUGAAGGUCAGUAAUCUGGAGACAGACUAGGGAAGGAAAUAACCAAGGAGUUUGCUCAUCUUGACAAAGGAAAGUACCAGACUUCAUUAGGAGUUACCAUAAUCUGUACUGAUGUUAGGAAAGCCAUAGAAAAGCAUCACAUUAGCAUGCUUAAAGUGAUACAUACAGGGAAUCAAACCAAGAACAGAAAUGACAGAGGGAAAUGUUAAGGGAUUUUUUGCCUUGCUUUUGAUUUUUGUCAAAUUCAUUCUACUACUACUACUUCCAGUAUGGUACUCAAGAUACAUGUAUGUCAGUGUACUGAGAAGUUAAGUUUUUGAUUGGGGUGCUAUAUGAAUCAAGACUAUCAAGCAUUACAUUUGACUGGAUAUUUCUAAGAAGCCUUAAUUGCUGAACUGACUUGAUGAGUAGAUCAUGUGGCAACAAUUCAGAAUCUGUUACUCACAAAAGAAAACUACUUACUGGUUUCAAAUAGUUCAUAAGAAAAAAAUCUCACCAUUUAAUAACGAUCAAAUUGUUAGUGAGCAAUUUGUUGUACGUAAAAUAUCGAGCCGUUUGCUUUCACUUCAGAUUUUUCAUUAAGACAAACUACAACUAAGUCUCUCUAAAUGUCGCUCUCCGCUUGUGUGUUUGUUAGCAAAUUGUUUGUUUGGUUUUUUUUUUGGCUGAUUUGUGAGCAGAUGAUUGGACAUGAAUAGAUUAGAAGUGUUUCUGAGCAACCCAGUUACACAAUGAUGGCAGGUUUUGAUUUUUAAGUACAGAUCUUAAAUGCCUGCAGCUAAACACAAACAUGGCAGUCAAGCUUUUUUCACCAAAUUUUGGCUUUGUGGUUUAAGUGAUCAUAUCAUGAUUAUAAAUUGCAGCAUGUAUUUAUAUCAUUGUAAAUAGAAAUUAACCUGAUUUGCUCUGCUGUAAUCUUGACAUAUUAAGCAAGGCUCAUCUUUUCCAGCAGGUACAGACAAUGAAGAUGUAAUCUUAAUGUUAAGUACAUGUCAAAUUGGUGUUAGGAAAUUCAACUUUGUAUAAAUUGUGUGGCACAUAUUGGCAUUGCAUUAAAAUUGCAUUUAUAUAUAUGUAAAAAGAUUUAUAUCGAAUUGGUGUUAAUUAGGUAUAUGUGCAUAGAAGUAGUUUACUCUUCUGUUUACAUUGUUUACGUAGUUCACAUUGCUUUCACAUUACACGUACCGAUACAGCAGAACUAGUCUAAACAAGUAGACAAAUUUUCCACGCAAGUCACUGUGUAUACCAGUAUCUUGUGGAAUACUGUUUCCACAAUAUCGUUCUCUUAAAGGUAAACAAAAACUAUGAUGCUGCACGUUGCUUGAAGCGUUCAUUUAAUUAGGUACACACAGAUGCAAAAGAGUCAAGACUUAAUAUGUUUGAACCCACUUGUAGUUUUAAGUACAGUAUUGUUGCUUGUAUCCAUCAAUUAUCAAACCUAAUUUUUUGGGAGUUAUUUUAGAUGGGGCAUGAUCUUACAGAGCCGCCUUUUACCCAGAAUGUAUUACAUCAAAUUAGCUUUGCUUUUACAUCUGCAGAAGUAUAAGCCAGCAUUGAGAAUGAAGGGCUUUUGUGAACUUGAAUGGGAAACAAAGCAUUUACAUCCAAAAUUAAAUGAGGUUUAGAAAGAUUAUGCAGACUCAAAAUAGGAUUUGUAUUCUAAAUACCCAUGGGUUUGCUUCAUUUAUACAAUACUGGUACUUGGUAAACAAAUGUUUAUUUUGAAAUUGGCUAGAAAUAUUCUGUAACUCUUAACUUCUUUAUUAUGUGUAUCCAAAACAUAAUUUUUGUUUUUACAGAUAAAGCAUAAAUAUUUUAAGUUUUUGUCAUGAAAUUUGAUAUAUAACAGAUGUUCAUGCAUAUUUGCUUAUAAACCUAGUCACAUCUUGUUUUUUUUAUUUUAUGCCAGAAUACUACGACAAGAACCAAUAACAUCAAUCUUUUGCAGUAGCUUUUGAGAAAAUGUUUACAAACUCAUGGAUUUAUGUAUAGCUUUUCCUUAUUAAAUAAUUAAAUUUUGACACAAUUUACAUGUAUUUUUUUGUAUCAAGACACUGUUGGUAGUAUUGUAUGCAAAUUUGGUAGUGGUUCAUUUUUAUUUUAAUUUGAAAUCUUGCUCUAAUAUCUUGGAUUUGUUACAUAUAACUGGAAUGAUGGAAUCACGUUUCUUUUGAUUGGUAUCUUAAGCAAGGUUUACAUUCAAAAUUUCUGAACUUUCCUUAUGGAGGUACUUAAUCAGUGAGAACUACAUGCAUAUGUACGUUGAUCAGAAUCAUUGA